AUGCAGCGGGUGGAAACCCCCUUUGUCCCAGGAAACCCUCCCAUAGAAGGCCUACCUCCUUACAAAGACGACAUUCCGGCGUACACGCCGUCUCUCCAGUUCUAUGGCAUUGCGCUUUUGAAAAUGGAGUUCGACACACCAUGGAGCGACCGCAGCACACUGUUAAAGCCUGUGGUGGUGGAGCUCAACAGCAACCAGCUCAACAUGUACGAAUUUGCAGCAGACAAAACGACCGUCGGCGUCGUGGGCUCGUUGUUCAAGCAUCAGAACUAUGCUGAUGCGUCGCAAGAACCGCCGGCAGCAGACUACACCGAGCUGUACUUUUUCGAUUGCGACGCAUACGGCGACAGUUCUGCGCCGGAGGCGCCCAAGCCCAUGUUCUCUAAACUCCGCAACUGCUUGGACAAAAAGAAAACGCAGCGGGUAUUGAGCGCGUCACUUUCGCCCGGUAUGUGCCUAAACAAGUUGCUUCUUGAGCCCACUUCUGACAGGGCGGUAUACGACCAGUUUGCUGCCAUUUAUAGGGGAAAGCUCAUACACAGUUAUACGCUAGCGCACCUAAACGUGGGCGAGGCCCCUUGCUUGACGCUGGCUCGUUACAAGGAGGAGAAAAGGCACUCGGCCAAUGCCAUGACUUUGGUCAACUAUCGAAACACGCUCCGCCUCCGCAUCGAGUACACGCAGCUCCUCCUCCACUUCUGGUCGUUCCAUGGAAUGGUGCACUGGUUCCGCAACAUGAGUGUGGGCCGUGACUUGGCCUCAUCCAUCGACGACCGGAAAUUGACGGUGCUUAAGUCGGUGCCCCGCAACUUCUCUGUGGCGAACAAUGCGUUGCUCGAGGCCUCGGCCCGCGAGGCUCUCACGUUUAAUCCCGAUACGUGCAAGAUGGUGCACCGAGACUCCAUUUCGUCGGCAGAGGACCGUGCCAGUUGCUUUAGUGAAUAUACCAUGGGAUCGGGUGAAAGCGGGGCCUCGAGCGUUGCCUCCGCAUGUUCCGAGUCGUGCAAGAAUCUGACGGUCGAUAUAUACGGGGCCAAGCUCACAUGCUUCGAGAACAUGUACACGCCCAUCGAGAAGCAGUACAUUUCGAAAUGUAUCCCUGUGUUGAACUCGUUUGACAAAUGGAUGGGAGCUAAGAUCACCAUCUCCAACUACGAGCACUUCGUGCCAAGACUGACGCGGGACAACUGCAAUGAAAACGAGAAUGUGUUUAUCUCGCACUACAAAUUCUCUGAUUUGGUGAAGACCUACAACAGGAACCCAGCGGCGACCAGUGGGCCGCGCCGGUGCCGCGAUUUCUACGUCGAUUCCGCGGGUCUCGUUAGUAUCUAG